GACAGAACUGCGUUGAACAUAGAGUUGAAUAUAAUUUUAUUCUUUAAACAUCUUGAAGAUUUUUCAUAACACCGCAUCUGUAACCUUUAGUUUAUGCUAAUUUAUGGGUAUACGCAUAUCCUGCCAAUGCUUGACGGUAGCAGCAGAGGACAUGUUUAUAUCGCGGACGUCUCUCGACCGCAUGAUAACGCCUUUUCCGGUAAACAACAUACACACGCGAAGUGGGACAAUUUGGCGAAGUACGCACGCGAGUAAGAAAGUGCACCUUUUAAAUUACAUUUCCAUCAUUUAAAUAUGUCUGUAACGUGGCUAUUGUAAUUUUAACCGAUAAAAUCGAAGCAUCGGCACGACACAACUUUUUGUACAAAGAGUAAUUCACGGCCGAGACAUGUCCUUUCCAAACAAAGAACAGCGCCACAAGUGCUGGGACUCAAGAGACCGAUACUGGGAAUGCCUCGAUCGAAAUGCAGACGAUAGCAGUAAAUGCCUUGAUAUGAAGAAAGAGUACGAAGGCCUGUGCCCGAGCCAGUGGGUCAAGCACUUCAACCGCAAGCGGGAGUACCUGCAAUUCAAAGAGAAGAUAGAAACGGAAGGGAAAACGCUCGGAACAGUGGCAAUCGUGGGCCCCUUAGGACCGAAAGUUGAAAACUGCAAAGUCAUGCAAGUGAUGCAGUGAAGGGGAGUCCAAGUUAUGAUUUUAAUUCGCAGGGCACUGCACCCGAAUACCUACCCCACAUUUUUGGGGACAUUAAAAACCUACUGUAUAUACUGCAGCCAUCAUUCAAUCUCAGCGUGAGAAUAAAUAGUACAACAAAUAUUGAGGCAGGAUUUCAGAGAAAGUCAAAUGCUAUUGGAAAACAGAUUCUUUUUCUUUUUCUCACACACAAAAAAGAAGUUCCAUUUUCAUAAGCAUCACUAUGUCCUAGCACUUUUUUAAAGUGACAAAGUUUUCUGUGAUCAGCCAUAAAUUCAUUUUGCUGACUGUAAGCAAUUACUUUAACUUACUUUGAAAGUUUCAUUAAACAUUUUUUAUGUAACAUUUCUCGUUACUCUUCUGCAUAGCUCUGCACAGCUAAAUCACCUGUUUAUAUUUAUUUUUUUGUUAUGGAACUGUAAUUUUUAUGAUCUGAAGGAAAAUAGUACAACUCCUGAUGUGCACUACUUUAACUUGAUAGCCUCGACUAAGUUUUAAGUUCGAUGUGCACCUGACUGUAAGCUCAUAAGAUAGCGCAAGAAAUGCUGAAAACGUGGGGUUGGCAUUUAGAUGUUGGAACACGCCUUCGUGCCUUUUGCUUGUGAAUCGGGUCAAGGCUCAAAGUUCACUGUAGCCAAGUUGUCUAUAAAAUGAUGUAGCCAAAAAA